AUGUACGCUUCCAACCAGCCAGGAUGUCUCGACUCAUCCGCACUCUGGUUGACCAUGUACUUCUUCUUUAAUCUCGGUCUCACAUUAUACAACAAGGUCAUUCUCUCGCUUUUCGACUUUCCUUUUCCCUGGACAUUAACCGCCAUACACACCUUGUGUGGCGCCAUUGGUUCCUACGCAUUUUGGAAGUUUAAUCUGUUUACUCCUUCCAAGUUGGGCGAGAAGGAAAAUAUGGUGAUGCUCAGUUUUUCCGUCUUGUAUACAAUCAACAUUGCCAUCAGCAAUGUGUCACUUAACCUUGUCACUGUUCCCUUUCACCAAGUUGUCCGUGCCAUGACCCCCGUAUUUACCGUCAUGCUUUCGGUGGCAUUUCUCAGCAAAUCUUAUUCCAGAAUGACGUACAUCUCGUUAUUGCCGGUGGUUGCUGGAGUUGCGUUUGCCACUUUUGGCGAUUAUUCGUAUACGGCGAUCGGUUUCUUUUUGACAGUGUUGGGAACAGUGUUGGCGGCUUUAAAAACUGUGGUCACGAACCGUGUUCAAGUGGGCCGUUUAAAGUUGCACCCUCUCGAUCUCCUUUUACGCAUGUCGCCUCUCGCUUUUAUUCAAACCCUCAUUUAUUCCUAUCUCACCGGAGAAAUGGCCGCCGUCUCGACUUAUGUUCAAACGCAGUUUUCAUUUUCCCUGUUCUUUGCUUUGCUGAUCAACGGUGUCCUUGCGUUUGGCUUGAACGUGGUGAGCUUCACGGCCAAUAAGAAAACAAGCGCUCUCACAAUGACCGUGGCUGGUAAGUGA